AUGCUGAUAUCGAAAACAUUCAUUUGUAGAUCAUUUCAAAUCAAUGCAACCCGUGCUUAUAGGUUGUCGAAAGAAUUGGUGGAAAGUGGUGAGUCAGCUAUAACUCUUUCUCCCGAUGGAGCAGUCGUCGUUUGUUGGCAUCCAGUCAGAAAAGUUCCUUAUGAGUGUACUAAACCUAUUUCACAUAACAUUAAAUCGCUACGUACUCCAACUUCUCCUCUAAAAAUCAAUGUACCCGAUACAAUCAUCAAAAAUUCUGCAGAGCCUACUGUAGUAGAACUUUCAAAAGCUUUCGGUGUUCCAUGGUUUCAUUUUCGACCUAGGAGAAGUCAAAAAUCUCGUUCACCUUACUUUUGGGCCCCACUUAAAGAACGAAAUAACUUGUAA